AUACUGAGGACCCAGUUGCGUAUUGUCUAGCUGAUAUAACACAGACCACAAAUGAUGGUAUGGACAGUGCAGUGGUGACGUGGACAGCUCCAACAGCAACUGAUAACUCAGGCAUAGUAAACAUGACUUUCGAAUCUCACGAAUCAAAUAGUAGCUUUGAAAUUGGUACCACAACUGUAACCUAUAUAUUUGAAGAUUCCAGUUUAAACAAUGUGUCGUGUAUAUUCGAUGUCAUUGUCAUUGAUAAUGAAGACCCAGUUGCGCACUGUCCAGCUGAUAUAACACAUACCACAGAUGAUGGUAUGGACAGUGCAGUGGUAACGUGGACAGUUCCAAUAGCAACUGAUAACUCAGGCAUAGUAAACAUGACUUUCGAAUCUCACGAAUCAAAUAGCAGCUUUGAAAUUGGUACCACAACUGUAAACUAUAUAUUUGAAGAUUCCAGUUUAAACAAUGUGUCGUGUACAUUCAAUGUCAUUGUCAUUGAUAAUGAGGACCCGGUUGCGUAUUGUCCAGCUGAUAUAACACAUACCACAGAUGUUGGUAUGGACAGUGCAGUGGUAACGUGGACUGCACCAAUAGCAACUGAUAACUCAGGCAUAGUAAACAUGACUUUAGAAUCUCACGAAUCAAAUAGCAGCUUUGAAAUUGGUACCACAACUGUAACCUAUAUAUUUGAAGAUUCCAGUUUAAACAAUGUGUCGUGUACAUUCAAUGUCAUUGUCAUUGAUACUGAGGACCCAGUUGCGUAUUGUCUAGCUGAUAUAACACAGACCACAAAUGAUGGUAUGGACAGUGCAGUGGUGACGUGGACAGCUCCAACAGCAACUGAUAACUCAGGCAUAGUAAACAUGACUUUCGAAUCUCACGAAUCAAAUAGUAGCUUUGAAAUUGGUACCACAACUGUAACCUAUAUAUUUGAAGAUUCCAGUUUAAACAAUGUGUCGUGUAUAUUCGAUGUCAUUGUCAUUGAUGAUGGUAUGGACAGUGCAGUGGUAACGUGGACUGCUCCAAUAGCAACUGAUAACUCACGCAUAGUAAACAUGACUUUCGAAUCUCACGAAUCAAAUAGUAGCUUUGAAAUUGGUACCACAACUGUAACCUAUAUAUUUGAAGAUUCCAGUUUAAACAAUGUGUCGUGUACAUUCAAUGUCAUUGUCAUUGAUAAUGAGGACCCGGUUGCGUAUUGUCCAGCUGAUAUAACACAUACCACAGAUGAUGGUAUGGACAGUACAGUGGUAACGUGGACUGCUCCAAUAGCAACUGAUAACUCAGGCAUAGUAAACAUGACUUUCGAAUCUCACGAAUCAAAUAGUAUCUUUGAAAUUGGUACCACAACUGUAACCUAUAUAUUUGAAGAUUCCAGUUUAAACAAUGUGUCGUGUACAUUCAAUGUCAUUGUCAUUGAUACUGAGGACCCAGUUGCGUAUUGUCCAGCUGAUAUAACACAUACCACAAAUGAUGGUAUGGACAGUGCAGUGGUAACGUGGACUGCUCCAAUAGCAACUGAUAACUCAGGCAUAGUAAACAUGACUUUCGAAUCUCACGAAUCAAAUAGUAGCUUUGAAAUUGGUACCACAACUGUAACCUAUAUAUUUGAAGAUUCCAGUUUAAACAAUGUGUCGUGUAUAUUCGAUGUCAUUGUCAUUGAUAAUGAAGACCCAGUUGCGCACUGUCCAGCUGAUAUAACACAUACCACAGAUGAUGGUAUGGACAGUGCAGUGGUAACGUGGACAGUUCCAAUAGCAACUGAUAACUCAGGCAUAGUAAACAUGACUUUCGAAUCUCACGAAUCAAAUAGCAGCUUUGAAAUUGGUACCACAACUGUAAACUAUAUAUUUGAAGAUUCCAGUUUAAACAAUGUGUCGUGUACAUUCAAUGUCAUUGUCAUUGCUGAUAUAACACAUACCACAGAUGUUGGUAUGGACAGUGCAGUGGUAACGUGGACUGCACCAAUAGCAACUGAUAACGCAGGCAUAGUAAACAUGACUUUCGAAUCUCACGAAUCAAAUAGUAGCUUUGAAAUUGGUACCACAACUGUAACCUAUAUAUUUGAAGAUUCCAGUUUAAACAAUGUGUCGUGUACAUUCAAUGUCAUUGUCAUUGAUAAUGAGGACCCACUUGCGUAUUGUCCAACUGAUAUAACACAGACCACAUAUGAUGGUAUGGACAGUGCAGUGGUAACGUGGACAGCCCCAAUAGCAACUGAUAACUCAGGCAUAGUAAACAUGACUUUAGAAUCUCACGAAUCAAAUAGCAGCUUUGAAAUUGGUACCACAACUGUAACCUAUAUAUUUGAAGAUUCCAGUUUAAACAAUGUGUCGUGUACAUUCAAUGUCAUUGUCAUUGAUACUGAGGACCCAGUUGCGUAUUGUCUAGCUGAUAUAACACAGACCACAAAUGAUGGUAUGGACAGUGCAGUGGUGACGUGGACAGCUCCAACAGCAACUGAUAACUCAGGCAUAGUAAACAUGACUUUCGAAUCUCACGAAUCAAAUAGUAGCUUUGAAAUUGGUACCACAACU